AUGUCUGCUACCGAAAUCCCCAGGAAGACUACCGUCCUCGUCGUCGGAGGCGGCCCCGCCGGCUCCAGCGCCGCCACGAUGCUUAGACACGAGGGCCAUGAAGUCACUUUGCUCGAGUCGUCCAAGUUUCCAAGGUACCACGUCGGGGAGUCGAUGCUGCCAUCCCUCCGCAACUACUUGAAGUUCUUGGGAGUUGAGGAGACGUUCACCAACCAUGGGUUCUUGAACAAGCCCGGCGCGUGCUUCAAGCUCGUUCCAACUCUUCGCGAGAGCUGGACCGACUUCACUGCUCUCGGCCCCGGCUACGCUACAUGGAACGUCAUCCGUUCGGAGAUGGACGAAGUCCUCCUUCGCCACUCACAAAAGGAAGAUGUGCAAGUCUUCGAGGAGACCAAGGUCGAGUCGAUCGAGUUCGAGGGCGAUCCCAAGACCUCGCGCCCGCUCUCCGCCAACUACACCAAGAAAGACGGCACCAAGGGCAACAUCGCGUUCGACUGGCUCGUCGACGCCUCGGGCCGCAAUGGCAUCAUGUCGACCAAGUACCUCCAAAACCGCCAGAUGCGCGAGAACCUCAGGAACGUAGCAGUUUGGGGCUACUGGAACGAUGUGAGCCGCUAUGGGGUGGGCACGAAGAAGGCGAACUCUGCGUGGUUUGAGGCUUUGAACGACGAGACCGGUUGGGCCUGGAUCAUUCCCCUCCACGACGGCACCACCUCCGUCGGCAUCGUCAUGCACCAGUCCUACUCGAACAAGAAGAAGGCGCUGCUCAAGCCCGAUGGCACGAAGAUGUCGCUCACCGACCACUACCUCGACCAACUCCAGUACGUCCCCGGCGUGCGCAAGCUCAUCGGCGAGAAGGGCAACUUCAUCCCUGGCUCGACCAAGAGCACGUCCGACUUCAGCUACUCGGCGACGCAGUACUCGGGCGACCACUUCAGGAUUAUCGGAGACGCUGCCAACUUCGUCGAUCCCUUCUUCUCUUCUGGCGUCCAUAUUGGAAUGACCGGCGCCCUGUCGGCCGCUACGACUAUCUGUGCCACGAUUAAGGGCCAGAUCGAUGAGAAGACCGCUCAGCUUUGGCACGACGCCAAGGUCGGCAUCGCGCACACGCGCUUCCUCUUCGUCGUCCUCAGCGCGUACAAGCAGAUGCACCUUCAGUCUGAGACCAUCAUCGGUGCCCAAGACACGGACAACUUCGACACCGCGUUCGACAUGUUCAGGCCCGUGAUCUUCGGGCUCGCUGACAGCCAGAAGAAGCUCGCCGACAAGCAGGUGGCGGACGUGAUGGAGAUCUGCCAGAGCUUCUUCGACCCGCUCGUCGACGAGGAGCAUGUGCUCGCCGCGCGCCAGCGCUACGGUGUCGACCUCGUCAAGAUGCAGGCGCCCGUCCUCGGCAAGGACCAGAUCGAGGAGAUGACCAAGGGCGAUACCGAGGGCGAGAGGGUGCUGAGGAAGUUCGACGCGCUCAAGGUCUUUGGGGAGGACGUGGAGGCCACCAACCUGGGCCGUAACCCGUUGCUUGGAUAUCGCGCGAACGUGAAGGUUGGGGAGCUCGGUUUGAUCAAGGUUGAGGAGGUCGUGGAAGGCGAGACGGAGAUCUUGGUCGCUGCGCCGUAA